AUGUCGUUUCAGAAACGUCUCAAAGAUGCGCAAGUGAAGACUGGAAGCGUACCGAGCUGGCAUGAUAUCCACAACUUAGCCUUGUCCCAUUCGACUUGGCAAUGGCGAUGGUAUUUGACCUCCUGGGAGGCAAAGCUGGCUCACUUGAUCUCUAAAGCACAUGUGUCUCGUGUCGAAGGUCGCACGAAGCUUGAGCAAAUGCCGGUGCUGACAAUCGAAUAUUCCGAUUUUCAAGAUGUGCAGGUCAUACAUGAUCGGAUCAAUGCUGCCAAGUAUAUCUUGAGUUCAAACACCAGGAUCUGCGAGAAAGUGAAAAGAGAGCUUCUGGAAACUCCGGAAAUCGAUCUCUUCGUGGAGGAGUUGAGGCUUCAGUCGAAUCGAGUUGACAAUCUGUUGGAGCGAACGAAGAGCGGAUCCACUCUCAUGCAAGACAUUAUCUCUUUCCGCGGACUUGACUCUUUGAGGACGAGUAGUGAGAACUCGAAUGAGAUGGCCAGGUUGGCCGAUAUCGACAGCAAAAACAUGGUGAAGUUAACGAAGAAGUCCCAAAAAGAUGCUUCGACGCUGAAGAAGGUCACCUGGCUCACAUCCAUCUAUCUUCCAGCCUCUUUCGUUUCGCAUGGGCUACCUGACAGUGAAUUCAAGGAAAAGCCCAGCCUCAUUGCAAUUUGCAUCUGA